AGUCCUUUGAGAAGAACGUUCAAAUCGAAAGUUCUGGCCCACUAUCCUCAGAGCAUAGAAUGGAACCCUUUUGAUCAAGAUGCAGUGAACAUGGCAUCAUGAAGAUGGAAAGGAACUUUUACACUGUAUGUGUUCGUGGGCUCGGUUAUGCCUGUGUAAACAGAAGACAACUAGGAAGAGUCAGUUUUCUCUUUCUGCCAUGUAUAUCCUGGUGACCAAACUCAGUUGUCAGCUGUGCAUGCCCCAAGGGCUGUCGUUCAGAACACAAGCUGACAAUAAAGAGCCCCAGUUCCACUCGUUCAUCAUCACCCGGGAAGAUGGUUCUCGCACCUACGGCUUUGUUCUCACUUUUUAUGAAGAAGUCACAAGUAAGCAGAUCUGUACAGCGAUGCAGACGCUGUACCAGAUGCACAAUGCUGAGCAGCAUGGUAGUGUGUACGCUUCAUCCUCCUGCAGUAUGGACUCGCUGGCAAGCAGUAUUGACGAGGGAGACGCAACCUCUCUUUUGAAACUCCAGCGAUACAACUCUUACGACAUCAACAGAGACACCUUGUAUGUUUCAAAAAGUAUAUGCUUGAUCACACCUCUGCCUUUCAUGCAAGCCUGCAAGAAAUUCCUCCUCCAACUGUACAAGGCCGUCACCUCUCAGCAGCCACCACCCUUGCCCCUUGAGAGCUACAUCCAUAAUAUUCUCUAUGAGGUACCCCUUCCUCCUCCUGGGAGGUCACUGAAGUUUUAUGGUGUUUAUGAGCCUGUCAUCUGCCAGAGGCCUGGGCCCAGUGAACUCCCUCUUUCUGACUACCCUCUCCGCGAGGCCUUUGAACUCCUGGGAUUAGAGAACCUCGUUCAAGUGUUUACCUGUGUCCUUCUGGAGAUGCAGAUCCUUCUGUACUCACAAGAUUAUCAGCGUCUGAUGACCGUGGCGGAAGGCAUCACCACACUCUUAUUCCCAUUUCAGUGGCAGCAUGUUUAUGUGCCCAUCCUCCCCGCCUCUCUGCUACAUUUUCUCGAUGCCCCUGUCCCUUAUCUGAUGGGUCUUCAAUCAAAAGAAGGAACUGACCGGUCUAAAUUAGAACUUCCACAAGAGGCUAAUUUGUGUUUCGUGGAUAUUGACAACCAUUUUAUUGAAUUGCCUGAAGAAUUUCCACAGUUCCCCAAUAAAGUGGAUUUUAUCCAAGAACUGUCUGAAGUUCUUCUCCAAUUUGGGAUUCCUCCUGAAGGCAGCCUCCAUUGUAGUGAGAGUGCCACCAAACUGAAGAAUAUGGUUCUGAAAGAUCUGGUUAGUGACAGAAAGAACGGCAAUGUCCCCACCAGCAACAUCAGCAUGUACGAGUUAAUGAAGGGCAAUGAAACCAUAGCCCGCCUCCAGGCUCUCGCUGAGAGGACUGGUGUGACUGUGGAAAAAAUUGACCUCUCAGCUUCUCUGAAUGAAAAAGAAAAGGAUUUGAAAUUACAGUGUGAAGAGGCAGAAUUGAGGGACUACCAACUCAACGUACAACUACGAGAGGUCUUUGCCAGCCGCUUUAUACAGAUGUUUGCUGAUUAUGAAGCAUUUGUGAUUCAGACCGCCCAGGACCUGGAGUCCUGGCUGACCAACCGGGAACAGAUGCAGAACUUUGACAAAGCUUCCUUCCUCUCUGACCAGCCUGAGCCUUACCUGCCGUUUCUUUCACGCUUCAUUGAAACACAGAUGUUUGCCACCUUUAUUGAUAAUAAAAUCAUGUCUCAGUGGGAAGAGAAAGACCCUCUGCUUCGGGUCUUUGAUUCUCGGAUUGAGAAGAUAAGGUUGUAUAACGUAAGGGCACCCACACCCACCCUGCGGACAUCUAUAUAUCAGAAAUGCAACAGUUUAAAAGAAGCAGCCCAGUCAAUUGAGCAAAGACUGAUGAAAAUGGAUCACACUGCAAUUCACCCACAUCUACUUGAUAUGAAAAUCGGUCAAGGCAAAUAUGAGCAAGGGUUCUUUCCAAAGCUACAGUCCGAUGUCUUGGCAGCAGGACCAACCAAUAACAAUCGCUGGGUGAGCCGAAAUGCGACGGCACAGCGCCGGAAAGAGCGCCUUCGCCAGCAUUCCGAGCACAUUGGACUGGACAACGACUUACGGGAGAAAUAUAUGCAAGAGGCACGAAGCUUAGGAAAGAACAUGAGGCAACCGAAGUUGUCAGAUCUCUCACCUGCUGUGAUUGCACAAACCAACUGGAAAUUCGUAGAAGGCUUAUUAAAAGAAUGCAGAAUGAAGACAAAGCGCAUGUUGGUGGAGAAGAUGGGACACGAAGCGGUGGAGCUGGGCCACGGAGAAGCAAACAUCACUGGCUUGGAAGAGAAUACCCUGAUCGCCAGCCUCUGCGACCUGCUGGAGAGGAUAUGGAGCCAUGGCUUACAGGUCAAGCAGGGGAAGUCUGCCUUGUGGUCACAUUUAAUUCAGUUCCAGGACAGAGAAGAGAAACAAGAGCACCUUACAGAUUCACCAGUUGCCCUUGGACCAGAAAGAAGAAAAUCUGACUCAGGAGUUAUGUUACCAACACUCAGGGUCUCUCUAAUUCAAGACAUGAGGCAUAUUCAAAACAUGAGUGAGAUCAAGACCGAUGUUGGCCGAGCCCGGGCGUGGAUAAGACUGUCUCUAGAAAAGAAGCUCUUGUCACAGCAUCUUAAGCAGUUGCUCUCCAACCAGCUGCUGACCAAGAAGCUCUAUAAGCGGUACGCCUUUCUACGCUGUGAGGAGGAGAGAGAGCAGUUCCUCUACCACCUGCUCUCCCUCAAUGCUGUGGACUAUUUCUGCUUUACCAGUGUGUUCACCACUAUCAUGAUUCCUUAUAGAGCAGUGAUAAUUCCAAUUAAAAAGCUGAGCAAUGCGAUCAUUACAUCAAACCCGUGGAUCUGUGUUUCGGGAGAGCUAGGAGACACCGGAAUAAUGCAGAUUCCAAAAAACCUACUUGAGAUGACGUUUGAGUGCCAGAACCUGGGGAAGCUCACUACAGUUCAGAUUGGCCAUGAUAACUCCGGACUGUUAGCUAAAUGGCUCGUGGAUUGUGUCAUGGUCAGAAAUGAAAUCACAGGACAUACAUAUAGAUUCCCGUGUGGGCGGUGGCUGGGCAAAGGCGUCGAUGAUGGAAGUUUGGAGAGAAUUCUGAUUGGAGAAUUGAUGACGUCGGCUUCAGAGGAAGACUUGGGAAAGCAGUGUCGGACUCCACCACAGCAGAAGUCUCCCACAACAACCAGGAGACUCAGUAUCACUUCCCUAACGGGGAAGCCUGCCAAGCCCAAUGCUGGCCAGAUCCAGGAAGGGAUUGGAGAAGCUGUGAAUAACAUUGUGAAGCACUUUCACAAACCUGAAAAGGAGAGAGGAAGCCUCACAGUGCUGCUCUGCGGAGAAAAUGGCCUGGUUGCUGCAUUGGAACAAGUUUUCCAUCAUGGGUUCAAAUCUGCUCGCAUCUUUCACAAGAAUGUCUUCAUCUGGGACUUCGUAGAGAAAGCAGUGGCUUAUUUUGAAACUACUGACCAGAUUUUAGACAAUGAAGAUGAUGUACUCAUUCAGAGAUCAUCUUGUAAAACCUUCUGCCACUAUGUGAAUGCUAUAAAUACUGCACCCAGGAGCAUUGGGAAGGACGGCAAAUUCCAGAUCCUAGUUUGCCUUGGAACAAGGGAUCACCUGCUCCCACAGUGGAUCCCAUUGCUAGCGGAGUGUCCUGCCAUCACCCGUAUGUACGAAGAGAGUGCACUUCUCCGAGACCACAUGACUGUCAACUCCCUGAUCCGAAUUCUACAGACCAUUCAGGAUUUCACCAUAGUCUUGGAAGGAUCUCUAAUCAAAGGAGUAGACGUGUAACCAGCAGACAGAAACUCUUCAUCCUGCGCUGGCUCCUGAGCCCUCCCCAGCUCUGGGGCCUCUGGACUGGUCUGACCAUAGGGAGCACUGCCUGGGCGGUCACUGCCAGGGCGGUCACUGCCUGGGCGGUCACUGCCUGGGCGGUGCAGUAGAAGCCCAGUUUGAACAAUCUCCACUCUGCACACGAGGCAAAGUGCUGUAUUGUAGUUCAUUCGAACCUGAAAUUUAGUAUAAAACAGAGUAUUUUCAUGUGUUAGAUGUGUGUAAAUAUGCUAUCUUUAAGAAAUUAUAUUACUCUAAUAAGAUACUUUUCUUAGAUUGAAUAUUCCUGUGACUUAAAAUAAGUAGCUUAAAAAUGUCGGGGGUGGGGAGAGCGGUGCUAGUCAGGAAGAAGCCAGUAAAUGUGUCAGUAGCGCAACCCUCCAGGUAUCACAAAGGAACCCAUAUGCAUUGUUGUGAAGCAGCCGUCCUUCCUGGAGUUCCGUCCUGUGUGUGGUGAAUGGAUACAGCUUUACACAUUAUACAAGAGUCCUCAUUUACCUUUAGGUUAUAAACCAUUUAAUAUGUUUGAAUUAUGAGUCACUUCUCCAGUUUGGAGACAUUUUUUCAAUUGGUUCAAGUAAAAGAUAUAAUUAAAGUAUUUUAAAUGCCAGACUCCAGCAGGGUUUGGUGGCUCACACCUUUAAUCCCAGCACUGGGGAGGCAGAGGCAGGUGGAUCUUUCUGAGUUGCAGGCCAGACAGAACUACAAAGUGAGACUCUGUCUUCGAACGCAGACACACACAUACAGACAGCAAAUGCCAGGUCCCAAGAGCUUGACUCAUCGGAAAGAAAAGCACGAAAGUCCUGAGAAGUGUGUUUAAGUAUGAGAUUUUAGCUUCUUUACUUUACUUUGGAAAGAUUAGCCUGAAGUAGCUUCAUUCUUGGAAUUUUUAUUACUGUUAUUUGAGAGCACCUUGGCGAUAAUGAAUUUCAGUAUUAGCCGUUUAGUCAUAGUAAGUGCAAAACCUUUAUGACUCGGUAUUUUCACUCGGCCUUCUAAAAUCCGUAACCAGAGUUAGACUGCCAACCCUGUCUUUGUUAGGUUCCAGCCACCCCCUCCGCCUUCCCCUUCCCCCUCAGGAAAUGGAAGGAAUGUGGAAGAAGGGGAGGUCUCUGUGUGAUUUGGAAUGCUUUUGUGAAAGUAUUUGUUGACCAUGAUAAUGCAAAUAUCAGAAGCUGGGAGAAAGAGUGAAACCUUUGUGGGUGUUUCAGGGAAAUGUAAAGCAGUUGGCACAGGCAGUUCAGGCUGCAGCUGACUGAGAAGUGAAACAAUUUAGAAAGACCUGAAGUUAGAACUUUCUAGUUUGAUAGUCUUAUUUUUUUAAGCUAAAUAAAUAUGUUAGCGAUUACAUAACUCUUCAUCUUCUGCUAAGCCGUAGCCUCUAAUUAGGCGCUGAUACCCUGUUAGUAGCAAAAUUGCCUCAGCAGGGCUCCAGGUCUAUUCCCCUUUGUACCCAAAAGGCAGGGCUGCAGCCUCUGAGGACCCUGUGCAACCUGAGGGUCCUGGGCUCUUGCCAACUGCACUGUUUCCCUUAUUUACUAGACGAAGAAGCUAAUAGAUGAGGGACCUGACUCCCUGUGUCAGACACCGUUGAGCCAGGGAACAGCUCCUGGGAAUGUGAAGGAAAGGGAAGGGCUGAGGGCUCCAGAUGGCCUGGGUGAACCAGACAUUUGUUUACCUAAAAUAAGUAUUCUAGAGAUACAAACCUACUAUGGGAAACAUCCAGGAGCUAUAAAUGGUCCAGAUCAGGCUGUUGUUCCCUCUCCCAUAGGCCGUCCUGAAACAGCACCAGGUAGAUUUUAAGCUAGUGUGCUACAAUUGAGUCUGUUACAAUUGAGUCACCCAGUACAGCUGCUUGGUUUAUAGGUGGGAACAGAAUCAAAGAGAUUACAUUCUUGCCCUUUCCCCCUUGACAACACAGGGUUUAUAAUUUGUGCUUUUUACCACACCAGACUGCAUGAAACCAACCUUCAAAGCAUUCUUACCUAAUCGUAUUUCUCCUAUUGAAUCUUCAUUCACCUGUACAGAUAUAAAGCAAUAUUCCUGUAAUACUUAAUAAGGACUGAUACUUAAAUGGUUUUGUUGUUGUUUUGUUUUUCGUUUGUAAGACAGAAUAUCACUGUGUAGCCCUGGCUGUCCUUGGAAUUCCACUUUAGACCAGGCUGACCUGGAACUCACAGAGAUCCAGCUGCCUCUACCUCCUAAGUGAGGGGAUUCAAGUGAGUGCCCUGCCCAACAAACUGUCCUUAAUCUCUUAGACAUUGCGUCUGCUGUAAGAACUGGGAGCAGAUUGGCAUUUCCACUGUGUUUAGAAUUGUUACUUACAGUAAUACCAAAAAACAAACAAAAAAAAAAUGCCUAUAAAGUUCUGUUCUGUGAGGUAUCAUUUGGGUGGACUAGUGAAGUGACUGAUUAAAACCAACGUCCAUCCUCCUGAAGGCCCGUCUCCCAUGUGUAGCACCUGCUCACACAGCUAGGCCUUUUGGGAACAUCUUGACUGGCCCAUAUGCCGAUUCCUUUGAAUUUCCCUUUGCCUUAUGGAAUAAAUUCAAUGUGUAGAAACACCAUAAAGACCUUAGGAUGUGAUAAAUAAGAAUGCUCCCACUGAGUUUGGGGUUACCUCUUACAAAUGAUAAGACUUAUCAUGUGGUUUAUAACAAACUGAGUCAAUAUGGAAAAUAUUUACAUCACAGCAGAAGCAGAUUUCUCAAAACAUAGCCCUCCAGGCCAACGUUUGUAAGGACCAUACAACAGGCACCCUUCUUGCUAUGCGUUUUUUUAAACUAGUACUAUACUUUAGAAUCACCUCAAAGUAAAUGAAAAUCAAAACUGCUUGUUUUUGUUAAUUUUUAUUAAAUUUGCUAUGCCUGGAGAUGUAGUUCAGUGAUAGAGUGUUUAGGUAGCGUGUACAAAACCUGGGGCUCUAUCCUCAGCAGGCAAAAAUAAAAUUGCCAAAAUCUUGAGUUCUUCAAAAGUUUACUGUCUAAGUAUUUUUCUUCAAUACUAAAGCUUCUAAUCUCAAGCACCUUCAUGUCACCUCUAUGGUGACUGGGUUUGCAUAUUAGAUAUGAGAAGUUGUCUAUACUCCAGGAGGCGGGGAACCCCCAGCACCUUACCAUGACUGACCAAGAGCAAAGUGGAGCCUCCCAGCCUAACCUUGUUUCCCACUCGGGAUGAACACUUGAUAGAGGAAACCUAAAACUUGCAAAAUUCAUUUUAAAUGUUUAUACUUACUGUACCUUUUCUAGCUCUGUGGGAUUUAUUUAACAUGACUUUUUAAGAAAUUAUUUUAAUGAACUAUAACACUGAAUAAUACUAAGUUGCUUCUGCUUUUCUGACAGUAAGCACAUAUAAGUAAAUGUAAAGAAAAAUAGAUUAAAAUAAUAAUUCCUGUGUAGCAUGUGUUAAUAUCUCUAAAAUACUUCAAAAUAUGAGGCAGUAGACAAGAAUAUCAGAUCCCCAGGAAAAUAGUUGACGGCAUUGGGAACAGAGCUCUUCAUAGCAUAAAAUAUCUAAGAAUGAUGUCUUUUCAAUAGUUUUUUUUUUAUUUAGGAAAUUGUAUUUUCUCUGAGGUCUACAGAGGCUAGUCUACCCUUUUCAUGGUAUUGACAGAGCAUUCUGAACUUACAUAUUUCAGUAUUAGCAUACCUUCAUUGGUUGACAGCAGAGUUCUCUUCCACUUUGAUGCAGUUCAUCUGUUUCCAAGCCCCUCUGUCUUUUGCCUCUGGUUGGUUUGACUUUUAUUAUUAUUUUUUAAUUAAUUUUUUUGUUCUAUUUGGUUUGGGUUUUUGUUUGUUUCUCAAGACAGGGCUUCUCUGUGUAGCUUUGGAGUUCCUGUCUUGGAGCUCACUAGGUAGACCUGACUGGCCUUGAACUCACCUGCCUCUGCCUCCCAAGCACUGGGAUCAAAGAUGUGCACCACCACACUUGGCAAGCAUCUGUGUUUUUAGAAAUCUUUGUUUCUAAUGUAACGAUUGCAUUAUCAUUUAGCAUAACUUGGAAACAGUUAUCCCUUAUUUCUAUUAAAAUACAUAUACAAAUCUGCUGGAUCAAACUGAAUUUGAAGCUUUUUGAAGACGUGCUGUUACAGUAUAGGAAAGGAAUCCAAGGAUGGGCUAGACUGGAGCUCACUGAUACACGUGCUUAGCAUACCCAGGCCUGGGCUCAGCCCCCCAGCAGAAGAGAACAGUAAGUUCAGCAGAGAUCAUAACUCCCCAAAUCUGGUGCCUCUCUCAAGGAUAGGGUCAAAACUGAAUUCAGAAAGACAAACUGAAGUAUUCAUAUUUAUAUCAGACUGAAAAGAAAUCACCAAAUAAACUUCCCCCCUCUCUGAAAGGGUUCUGUCAUAUCCUUAUUUAGGAAGGAGCCAUGCUUGUUCUAAUUACUUGUGGGUUGGAUCCAGUGUAUAAACAGACUUUGAUGUGGAAAGGAAUAUUAAGGUCAAAUGAGGAGAAUAAAACAGAAAAAAACUGCUGCACUUGAACCACAUGUAAAGGUACCCUGUGUUUUUGUUUGUUUGUUUUUUAAUAGUUCUCCAUUUAAAUUAUAUUGUUUCCCUUUGUAUUAUUAACUAUGUAUGUCACAACUGGAAUUUUCUCCCCCUCCCUCCCCCAUCUGAACAUAGUAUAAAGUCUGAAGAGUAUUGUGACAUUAAGCACUUUAACAUAUUGAACAAACUGACAUGGAUUUUUCAGGUUUUGGAGUACAUUUAAAUAUGACUUUUCAUGCUUUGUUCUUUACAAAUAAAACUGUGGGGUUGAUA